AUGGCUCGGUUCGCGCAAUGGAUACUGCUGUGGUCCUGCUACAUUGAAGCCUCCUCGCAGGAAACAUACGCAACCGCCUCAAACCUGAAUAAAAGCGAGUUGUCAAAAUUGUUGAGUAACAACAUAUUUAUUCUGCAGAGCGAGCAUCUCGACACGUGCAUAAAUGUGGAAAACCAAGAGCUUAUCCUUGACAACUGUAAUUGGGCAUCAAGUAGCAUGCUGUGGAAAUGGGUAUCAAAGCAUCGGCUUUUCCAUAUAAGCAGCAGCAUGUGCCUUGGUCUUAAUAUUAGUGCUCACCAACAGCCAUUGAAGCUAUUUAACUGUGAUUCAGCAAUAGGAAUAUUGUGGUGGCAUUGUAGUGGUAAGGUGUUAACUAGUGCCUCGCAGUAUAAAUUGGCCAUUGGAAAAGGACAACGUAUUGUAGCGGAAAGGAGUGUGUAUGACAGAUGGAAGAGAUAUAUAACACAAGAUGAAGGUCCGUGUGAGCACCCAUAUGAAGAAAUUCAUACUAUACUUGGAAACUCCCAUGGGAUGCCUUGUGCUCUACCAUUUAAAUAUAACAAUAAAUGGUACCAUGAGUGUACUAAUGAAGGGAGAGAAGAUAAACUCCUUUGGUGUGCAACUACCAGCAAUUAUGAUGUUGAUGAAAUAUGGGGGUUUUGCCCAAAUUUAGAUCCUGGAUGUGAUAUGGUUUGGGAAAAGGAUCCUGUUUCACAUACUUGCUAUCAAUUUAAUUUUCUGGCUCUUCAUUCUUGGAAUGAGGCCCGUGCUUCAUGUCAGGCACAGGGAGGAGAUUUGCUGAGUAUCAGAGAUCUUAAGGAACAGGAAUAUCUCAACAAGCAUUUGAAAAAUGUUGGAAUUCUGGCAUGGAUAGGCCUCAAUCAUUUGGAUGAAGUUACUGGGUGGCAGUGGUCAGAUGGAGAACCUUUGAGCUUUGUAAAUUGGGACACAGAUCAGCCUCGGGGCUCGUUACUGGGAACACCAUAUCACUGUGGGAUACUGAGCUCUAAAUUAGACUACCAUUGGAGCAGCGCUGUAUGUGAAACAGCCCUACCUUAUAUUUGUAAAAAAAUGAUGAACUUUACAAAAAAAGUGGAACCCUUUGAAUUCUGGCAGUAUAGGACCACAUACUGUGAACCUGGCUGGCUUUCCUACAAUGGAUUCUGCUAUAAAAUGCAUAAAGAAGAUUUGAACUGGAAAGAUGCUCUGAUGUCCUGUCACCUACAUGGAAGUGAACUAACUAGUAUGCACUCAUUGGCAGAUGUGGCAAUUCUCAUUAACCAAUUUAAAAAUGAAACUGUACCAGAAGUUUGGAUUGGACUUGCCAACAACAGGACACCAGCUGUGUUUGCAUGGUCAGAAGGAUCACCUGUGACAUUCACUUACUGGCAUAAAAAUGAACCACAUGUUCCAUAUAACACCACAGAACAGUGUGUGUCAUCACAGAAGGUUGAUGGCCAAUGGAAAGUUAAAGACUGUGAGGAAAAUAUAUGGAGCAUUUGUAAGAAGCCAGGAAAAGUGGAACAGGGACAAACUGGAAAGGAUAAGGGCUGUCCUGAGGACUGGAAAAGAUAUGAAGAAUCCUGUUAUAAGAUUGAUAAUCACCUACAAACCUAUGAGGCAGUUUCAAAAAGAUAUUAUUGUUCACUUGUUACCAUUGAAAACAGGUUUGAACAAGCGUUCAUCAACAGUCUGAUCAGUAAUUUUGCUGGAGAAGAAAACAAGCACUUCUGGAUAGGUCUUCAAGAUAGGAACCAUACAGAAGAAUAUACCUGGUUAACAACAAAUGAUAGGAAUGAACCAGUUUCCUUCACAAAUUGGAAUAAAAAUCAACCAGCUCAUUCAGGUGGUUGCGUGGCAUUAGCAAGAGGCAAAUCUCGUAUUCUUUGGGAAGUUAAAGAUUGUAAGUUCUUCAAAGCGAUAUCUUUGUGUGAGCAAAAAGCUGCAUCUGCUGUAGGAUCAAAAUCCUUCCCUGAUCAAGCCAUGAAGGCUAAAGCUAAAUGUCAUUUUGGAUGGGAAUCAAGGUCAGAUCUCCAGCACUGCUUCAAGGUAUUUCAUCAUGAGAAAGUGUUAAAGAAGAGAACUUGGGAAGAAGCAGAAGAAUUCUGUCAAGCAUUUGGAGCCCAUCUUGCAAGUUUCAGCCACUACAAUGAGGAAGUUUUUCUGAAUGAAAUAUUGGAAUGGAUGUUUGCCAGGGAAGAAGAAAGAUGGUUUUGGAUUGGGUUUAACAAAAGGAAUCCAGCUUCUGCUGGCUCCUGGGCUUGGAGUGAUGGCAGUGCAGUUGUUUCUUUGUUUUCGCUUGACAAAGACAAAGAUGAUGAUGUCAGAAUCUGUGCUGCAUACAAAUUUGAUAAAACCAUUGCGCCUUUUCAAUGUGAUGAAAAGCUGGGAUGGGUUUGUAAAAUGUCAAAAGGAGCCGAAUUGAAAAAACCAGACUGGUACAUUGAUGAAGAGCAAUUUGCAUUUGCACCUUGGGUCUUCUUUCAAGGAGCUGAAUAUUUGUUUUUUGAGACGGAGGGGAAAUGGCUUGCAGCUGCUGUAGCAUGUAGCUUGAUGGGUAGCGACUUGGCAUCUAUAAAUACGCCUAAAGAACAGGACUUCAUUAAAAGCAGAAUAGAAAAGCUUUUAAUAAAUGGGCAUGAAAAAUGGUGGAUUGGAUUGUAUGCGGAAAAUUCCAAAGCUGGAUUUCGCUGGAUAGAUGAUUCAUCAAUGUAUUACAACAACUGGGAUGACAACUAUCCAAGCCAUUUGCCUAAACAUAGUGGCAGAUGUGUUUACGUGUCAUCAAAAACAGGGCGCUGGGGUGAUAGCAAGUGCUUUCUGUCUCUCCCUUUCAUCUGUAAACGUCACAAUAUAUCAUUGAUAGAGGUUCACAAAGCUGAGAGCUACCUUCCAGACCUCUUGUGUCCAAAAGGUUGGCUGUAUUUUGAACAUAAGUGUUUCCUGAUGUAUGCCCCAAAGGAAAGGAGUCAGCUAAAGCAAUGGUAUUCUGCUCAAGUGUUCUGCAGCAUACAUGGAGGAACACUUGCUACAAUAGAAAAUGAAAUAGAACAAGCAUUUUUAACAAUUCAGCUCCUGGAUAGAUCAACUAGUGUUUGGAUAGGACUGCACAGUGAUAAUUUUGAACGUUGGGUGAAUGGGAAGCCUGUGAAGUAUUCAAACUGGUUACCAAAUGAGCCAGCACGAGACACUGCAGAUCCUUUUAAAAAUGAUCCUAAUUCAAAACACCUUAAUAGCCCUAUCUUACAAGAGGAGUCGAAAAGGUGUGCUUUAUUAUCUAAUAGUCAUGCUCAUCAUUCUGCUGGAAGAUGGUACACAAGAACCUGUAAUACAAACAAUUAUGGCUUUGUUUGUCAGAAAUACCCAGAUAAAUCCAUCCAUCAUAUAAAUGUGUCAUCUGCCUAUCCAACGCUUGAUACUUUUACAUAUGGAAACUACACAUACACACUGAUUAAGAAGAAUCUAACGUGGUAUGAAGCAUUAAAUGAAUGCAGACAAAGAGAAACUGAACUGGUCAGCAUCACUGAUCAAUACCACCAAGCUUUUCUCACAGUCAUUGUGAAUAGGCUGUCACACCCGCAUUGGAUUGGACUAUCCAGCCCAGAUGAUGGAAAAAACUUUAUUUGGUCAGAUGGUAGUGGCACUAUAUUCAGCCAUUGGGCGGAGGAGGGUCCUCACUCAUCUUAUGAUUGUGGGUACAUGGAUACUAAUGGCUACUGGAAGACCACUAACUGUGAAACUCAACUUCAAGGAGCCUUCUGCCAAGUUUUGCGAACUGCAACAUCAAGUUUCCCGGCUAAGAAAAUGAAGUGCCCGAAUGUAGCUAAAGGGUUGCCCUGGAUUCCAUUCCAAGGCAAUUGUUAUCUUUUUGACCUGGUUUUAUACAAUACUUCAAGUUUAACAAUGGAAGAAGCUAAAGAAGUUUGCAGAAACCUGGCUACAAAAUCUUUUAUUUUGCACAUUAAAAACGAAGAGGAAAACAACUUUGUUUAUGAACAAGUCAAAACAUACAGCCACAUUGUAGAUGAGAUUUGGUUGGGCAUCGUAUUUGAUGUAGCUGAUAAUGCAUUCAAAUGGUUUGAUGGAACCCCAGUAACUUACUCAAACUGGGGUGCAGAAGAACCUGAUGCAAAUAAUUUUACUGUUGGUUUUUGUGCUGCAAUGAAGUCCUCUGACGGUGCAUGGUUUAUGACUGAUUGUGCUGAGGGUCUUGGAGCUGUUUGCCAAACAGACUUGAGUGGAAAUACCUACAUCCCAAAACUGCAUGGAUACCAAAUAGGAAGUGCAACAAUACUUGAAAUUGUGAUAGCAUUGGUGGUAAUUGUGAUCAUUGUAUUGGGUGCAGUUGGUUUGUGGUAUCUGUGGAAGAGGAAUCAAUCUUUCAGAUUCUCAGGAAAUGCAUAUUAUAGGCAGACUACCCCUGAAGGUACUGAUUGCGAUGGAAAUAUUCUUAUUUCUGCAUUUGAAAGGAAUGGUGGAAAUUAACUAAAUGGAUUCAUACACCUACAGUACAAGAAAGGCUCAUUGGACUU